AUGGGUUCAAUUCAAGCCAACCCAGCAAGUGAGUCCUUUGAAGCUCAAGCUCACCUGUAUAAACACAUUUUCAGCCACAUUAAUGGCGCAGUUCUUAAGUGUGCUGUUCAGCUAAGAAUUCCAGACAUAAUCCACAGUCAUGGCCAACCCCUUACUAUUCCUCAAUUAGCCUCCAAACUUGAAGUUCAUCCAACCAAAACUGCCUCUAUUGAGAGGCUUGUUCGCUUACUGGUGCACAAUGGUUUCUUAGCAGAAACCAAGGUGAACGAGGAGGAACAAGAAGGGAGGAGGAAGCAUAUUCUCUCACUCCAUCUUCUAAGCUACUUGUGGUUCAAAGAGGAGGAGAAGACGAUAGUUGAGAGCGCCUUUGGGUUAGGCUUUUGGGAUCUGCUCGAACGUGAUCAUCAAUAUAUGAAGUCUUUUAAUGAGGGAAUGGCUAGUGAUUCACAGAUGAUGAACAUGGCACUUAGAGAUUGCAAGUCAAUCUUCGACAAACUUGAAACCCUAGUUGAUGUUGGAGGUGGCACAGGAACCACUUGUAGGAUAAUCUCUGAGAGAUAUCCUAAUCUGAAGUGCAUAGUGUUUGAUCUUCCACAAGUUGUUGAAAGCUCUUCAGGAAGCCAUAACUUGACCUAUGUUGGUGGCAGCAUGUUUGAAUCCAUCCCUUUUGCUGAUGCUGUUUUGUUGAAGUGGAUAUUACACAACUGGGAUGAUGAAAGUUCCGUAAAGAUACUGAACAAAUGUAAGGAGGCAAUUUCAAAGAAAGAUGAAGGAGGAAAAGUGAUCAUCAUUGACGCAGUGCUAAAGGAAAAGGAAGAUGAUAAUGACAUGGCACAAGUGAAACUCUUGUUUGACAUUUUGAUGAUGAGUACUCUCAAUGGAAAAGAGAGAACUGAGAAAGAAUGGAACAAACUUCUUGUCUCUGCAGGCUUCAAACACCACAAGAUCACUCCUCUUUUUGGUUUUAGGUCAAUCAUCGAGGCUUAUCCCUAG